ACCAAGUUAAAUCCCUCGUUGACUCUCACCUGGUGAACACGAACUCUCUCACUCCUUUUAGUCGAAAAUAGUGGAACCAAAAUUUCGACUUGAAUCUCUGAUAACUCGUUUGUUGUUAUCGUAGUUUUCAAGUGAAAUUGUUUUGUUUUACGUGAAUCGAGUUUUUGUUAUUACGUGUUACGUUGAAGUGAUAAUCUAGCAGAUAUGCCGGCUUACUACGAAUUUCGAAGUGUCGAGAUGGAUCGAGUCGGAUGCGGCAAACGCAAGGUGUUGAAGCCUCCUGGUGGCGGAUCGAGCGACAUUUUUGGAACUGCUGAUCUGAAACCAGCGGCCGGUACCAAAUCGAACCACUCUGAUCAUUUCAGCUCCGGUUCCGGUUUCGGUGGGGAUUUGAGCGACAUGGGCGUCAAAGGCUCAUCCAUUGAUUCCAACGAUGGCGCUUCUACCCCAUCGCAAACGUCCACGUCCAACGGAUCGCCAAACAAUUCCGAACCCAACACCCCGCGAUCAGGUACGCCGCUGCUUAACGGGCCGAUUGCCUACGCUAACCAACAGCCUUUACCUACACCGGUUGGUCGUCAGCAAGGAAACCGUGCGCGAGGUAAUCCGGUGACGGGCGAAGGAUACAGCGCUGAAGCUGCUGAAAAGAAAGAAGAAACACCACGACGCGGUCGAGUCCCUCCUGGCGGCUAUUCAUCCAAACUGUGGUAGAACGUCGUCGAUUUGUGCUGAUUUCGAGUGAAAAGAUGGACCCCUUCUCUUCCGCUUUUUCUUAUUCUUUUCAUCUUUUAUUUAGUAUUAUUUUUCUUCCGUCUUUCUCCUUGUGUUUGGAUCUGUUCCUGAGAUGGGCUUCCAAUUUUUCGGAGAAUUGAAAUUAACGAGAUGCAGGCUAAGAUAACGGUGUCGCCACAAAAAAAAAAAAAAACGCAAUUUUUUUUUUUUAAAGGGAAAUUCAUCCCCCCCACUCUUUGUCUUCGUCUGUGGGAAGCAAUCGAGAAGUAUGAGAACGAAAAUGAGAAGAGUCUUCAAUGUAAAACCUGUUGACAAUGCAACAGCAUUGAGCGAUGGGUAAACACGAUACGUUGUCACGAGCAAUUGUCCAACUUGCUUUAGAAAUGGGAAAAAUUAAUUAAUAAUAUGGAAAUUUGGAGAAUUUUUUUUUUUGAAAUCCAGUUUUUGUCCGUGUUGGCUUUGCUUUUUUGCGAUGGCGACUUGUCUCAGCUUAAAAGAAAAAUCGGGACUAGAACAUUCCUCCCCUCAAUUUUUUGUUUUCAUUAAAUUAAAAAUAAAAAAAAACAUUAUAAUACCCAACUUAUUAUAAUCCAUUUCCAAUUUUCCUAAUAUAUUUUCCCUCCCUCUCCGCUAUUUGCCACAUUAGAUAUGCCUCCAUUUUUUUUCUCUCUUUUAUUAACAACUUAUCCAAUAUUUUUCUUAUUUUCAAUUCGAUUUCGGCUUCAUAAUAAUUUUUUUUUUAUUUCCCUCCCCCGUGUGUCAUGUACGUUUUUUUUUGGCGUUGUGUGCCUUUAUCAAAUAUUUUUUUUUUUUUUUUUUUGCCAUUUUCAAAUAGCUUGUAUGCAAAUUGAAACGGGAUGGAAAUACAAAUCAAAUGAUUUCACUUAA